AUGGAUGCCAAGGGCCCUGGCACCUUUAAACGGUCCUCCCUCAAACGCUCCGCUUCUGGCUCGCAGCGGGCGCAGAGAGCUUGGAUUGAGAGGACCUUUCAAAAACGAGAAUGUAUUCACAUAUUUCCCAGCAAGGACCCGACCAGAUGUGCCUGUGGUCAGCUGGCAACACAGCACCCGGCCAUCCCUCCUGGUGCCAACUCUCUAGAAGAGGCAAACCAGCUGGUACACAUUGACACCCCGAAGGAUAAAUGGAGUGUGAUCAAGCACACCAGGACCUACCCAACAGAUUCUUAUGGUGUAAUCGAGUUCCAGGGUGGAGGAUUCAUAAACAAGGCCAUGUACAUCCGGGUUUCCUAUGAGACAAAGCCAGACAACCUGCUGCAUUUGAUGGUAAAGGACUGGCAGUUGGAGUUGCCAACGUUGCUCAUCUCCGUGCAUGGAGGUCUCCAGAACUUCGACCUCCAGCCCAAGCUCAAACAAGUUUUUGGCAAAGGCCUAAUCAAAGCUGCUGUCACCACUGGAGCUUGGAUCUUCACGGGUGGAGUAAACACAGGGGUCUUCCGUCACGUUGGAGAUGCCUUAAAGGAGCAUUCUUCCAAGUCACGAGGGAAAGUGUGUGCAAUAGGAAUUGCGCCAUGGGGGAUCCUGGAAAACAAAGAGGACCUUAUUGGAAAAGAUGUAACCAGACCCUAUCAGACGAUGGCCAACCCGCUGAGCAAGUUGGCUGUGCUCAACAACAGCCACUCCCACUUCAUUCUGACCGACAACGGCACCUGCGGGAAGUACGGCUCCGAGGUCAAACUCCGCCGACUGCUGGAGAAGCACAUCUGUCUGCAGAAGAUCAACACCCGUCUGGGCCAAGGGGUCCCUUUGGUGUGUCUGCUAUUGGAGGGGGGUCCCAAUGUUAUCUCCAUUGCCUUGGAAAGUCUGAGAGACGAGCCUCCCAUUCCUGUGGUGGUGUGUGACGGCAGCGGUCGAGCUUCUGAUAUAAUUUCCUUCGCACACAAGUUCUCAGAGGAUGGAGGCCUGGUUAAUGAUGACGUCAGAGACCAACUUUUGGUGACCAUACAGAAGACUUUCAAUUACACCAAAAGCCAAUCACAGCAGAUCCUGCUCAUGGUUAUGGAGUGCAUGAAGAAAAGGGAACUGAUCACAGUUUUCCGAAUGGGCUCUGAGGGACAACAAGAUAUUGAAAUGGCCAUUCUCACUGCCUUGUUAAAAGGCACGAACGCCGCAGCAGCUGACCAGCUCAGUUUGGCUCUGGCCUGGAACAGAGUGGAUAUUGCUCGCAAUCACAUUUUUGUGUAUGGACACAAUUUACCACCUGCUGGUGCCAUGGCCUACACUACAACUACUCUAGCCCCAACCCAGGAUAAGCAGAAGAGUCCCACCACUGCCCCUCGCAACAAAACCAGAGGAAAGAAGGGGAAGGGGAAAGGAAAGGCAAAACCUGAACCUCCGGAGGAAACCGAUCCAAGGAAGUUGGAGAUAAUUCGAUGGGUGAACUCUCUGGAGCAGGCUAUGAUGGAUGCUCUGGUGCUGGACAGAGUAGAUUUUGUUAAGCUGCUCCUUGAGAAUGGGGUCAAUAUUCACCACUUCCUCACCAUUCCCAGACUGGAGGAGUUAUACAACACAAAACUAGGCCCUGCGAAUACACUUCAUGCUGUGGUUAGAGAUGUCAAAAAGGGAAACCUUCCCCCAGACUAUCAGAUCACUUUGAUUGAUAUUGGUUUGGUGCUGGAGUGCCUCAUGGGUGGAGCUUACAGAAGCAAUUACACCAGAAAGGCUUUCCGCAACCUCUACAAUAAUUUGUAUGGACUAAAAAGGCCAAAAGCUCUGAAGCUUCUAGGAAUGGAGGAUGAUGAACCUAGAACAAAAGGCAAGAAAAAGGCAAAAAAGAAAAAGGAGGAAGAGGUAGAAAUUGAUGUGGAUGACCCUGAGGUGUGUCGAUUCAAGUUUCCCUUUCAUGAGCUGAUGCUGUGGGCAGUGCUGAUGAAGCGCCAGAAGAUGUCACUGUUCCUCUGGCAACGAGGAGAAGAAGCUAUGGCCAAGGCUCUGGUAGCCUGUAAACUGUUCAAGGCUAUGGCCCAUGAGUGCUCUGAGAGUGAGCUGGUGGAUGACAUCUCCCAAGACCUGGAGAACAACUCAAAAGAAUUUGGCCAGCUGGCCUACGAGUUGUUGGACCAGUCCUACAAGCAUGAUGAACAGGUGGCAAUGAAACUCUUAACGUACGAGCUGGUUAACUGGAGUAACUCCACCUGUCUGAAGCUGGCUGUGGCUGCCAAGCAACGAGACUUCAUUGCCCACACAUGCAGCCAGAUGUUACUCACUGACAUGUGGAUGGGCUGCUUAAGGAUUGGCAAAAACCCCGGCCUCAAGGUCAUUCUGGGAAUUAUCUUCCCUCCUUUCAUUCUCUUGUUGGAUUUCCGUCUUGGAGACGAUGCGUCGUACCAUGCACCUGGAGACAAAGAAGAUGGAAAAGAAAAGGAUGAUGUCGCAAAUUCCGGCAAGGACCCUAAUGCUGAUACAACUUCACGAAAGGGGGAUGAAGAGGAGGGCAGCACCAAGGUCCGCAAAAUCCCCAUCGGCAAAAGGUUCUUUGAGUUUUAUGAUGCGCCCUUCACCAAAUUCUGGUUCAACACUAUUUGUUAUCUGGGCUAUCUGAUGUUAUACAAUUACAUAAUCCUUGUGAAAAUGGAGCGAUGGCCAUCUUUACAAGAGUGGACUGUCAUUGCAUACAUCCUUACACUUGGUGCUGAGAAAGUCAGACAGAUUCUGAUGUCUGAGCCAGGGAAGCUGAAGCAGAAGAUAAGUGUGUGGAUGGAGGAGUACUGGAACAUCACAGACCUGGCUGCCAUUUGCACCUUCCUUCUUGGGCUCAUGCUACGACUGCAGCAUGAGCCUUAUUUGGGCUACGGCAGAGUCAUCUAUUGCAUAGACAUCAUCUUCUGGUACAUUCGCGUAUUGGACAUCUUUGGAGUCAACAAAUACCUGGGACCCUAUGUGAUGAUGAUAGGAAAGAUGAUGAUUGACAUGAUGUACUUUGUAGUGAUCAUGCUGGUGGUUCUUAUGAGCUUUGGAGUGGCACGACAAGCCAUCCUUCACCCUGAUGAGGAGCCAACCUGGCGCCUGGCCAGAAACAUUUUCUACAUGCCCUACUGGAUGAUCUAUGGAGAGGUUUUUGCAGACUCGAUAGACCUCUAUGCAAUGGAAAUCAACCCUCCAUGUGGUGAACAUUUGUAUGAUGAGGAUGGGAAGAAAUUGCCUCCAUGUAUCCCCGGUGCUUGGCUCACACCUGCUAUUAUGGCCUGUUACCUACUGGUGGCAAACAUUCUUCUGGUCAACUUGCUCAUCGCUGUCUUCAACAACACCUUCUGUGAAAUCAAGUCCAUUUCCAACCAGGUGUGGAAGUUCCAGAGAUAUCAGCUCAUCAUGACCUUUCAUGACCGCCCUAUCCUACCUCCACCUCUCAUCAUCUUCAGCCACAUCUAUAUCCUCUUAAGCAGGCUGUUUCGGCGAUGUGCCAGGAAGAGACAAGAGGGAGAACUAGAUGAGAAGGACCGUGGCCUCAAGCUGAGGCUGAAUCCAGAGGAGCUAAAAAGUCUGUACGAGUUUGAAGAACAGUGUGUGGAGGAAUAUUUCCGAGAGAAGGAGGACGAGCAGCAGUCUUCCAGUGAUGAGCGCAUCAAGGUUACCUCUGAAAGAGUUGAGAAUAUGUACAUGCGUCUGGAGGAGGUAAAUGAGAGGGAGAACACUAUGAAGGCCUCCCUGCAGACGGUGGAUUUGCGCCUGGCUCAACUGGAGGAGAUCCAUGGUCGAAUGGCAGUCGCCCUAGAAAAACUCGCAGGAGUGGACAAAUUGGAGCUGACCAGAACAUUUUCCCGAAACUCAUCCGUGGGUGAUCCUUCCUCUCUACUUCGCCAGGGCAGUAUUAACAGUGCUGACGGUUACAGCCUUUACCGCUUCCACAUGGACAUGGAAGAGUUUGCAGCGAAGCAGAAGGAAACUGAUAAUCCUGGCAUAGAAAGAAAGAAGAGUUUUUGCACUGUCAAUGCCAAGGAGGGUAGUCAGACCUUAGAGGUUGGUGGUCUGGAUAGAUCGCGACCCAGUUCAUGUGUGGACAUCCUCAUAUCUCCAUGUGAACAAAAGCCUGUUUCUAAUGCAUCAAGUCAAGAAACCAUGAACAAGGCAGAAGACAGCACAAUGAUGCUAGACAGACUCACAGACAAGAACAGACUAAGACCUUCCUCUCUUCCAAACAGAACCAAAUCACUGAAAUGCUAUCCAGUUGAAGAGCAAGACACCUCUACCUUGACAAAGAGGAGAGCCAUGAGCACUAUCAUUGUAGGCCCUCCUGAUGAUCCAAUGGAAGCUGCUGAACCCACAAAGACCACCCAAUUGCCAGUGGGGACUUCCUCUUCUCCAAAGAGAACUAAAUCUCUGAGAUAUAUCCCAUCUGAAACCCAAAGCCAAACAUCCCCGACAACAAAGAAAAGGGCUAUGAGCAGCAUCAUCUACAACCCAGUUGAGGCAGGUGAUGAUGUGAUGCAAACUGCACAAUACAGGUCAUUGCUGGAGCAAGCAACUAAAACCCAGAAUCAAUGGCCAGAAGACUUGGAGUUUAAGGUGCAUCCCAGCGUCUUUGGUCACAUGCCUAAAGUGUCAAUAGUCAAAGCUCUUGCACAGCAGUUUCAAACUACCCCUGCGCCUGGAGAGCUUAAGCAAGAGGAAAGUCUGAUUAAUCAAAUUCCUUUAAAAAGUAAGGGAGCUCCCCCACCAACAGAACCCAUGGAAGACCAGACAAAGAUGAAGGCAAAGAGAAACCUAUCGGACGGUACUGACUAUCUGACUGUUGCUCAUAAGUAUAUACCGUCUCAAAGGUCACAGAGCUGGAAUGCAACAGAGAGGAAAGCAAUGUUGGCUAGCAAGCCGGGAGCCUCUAGCAGUGAGAUAGACCUUGCUGAACCGUUCAGGGUGCCAGCUGUUGGAGGGAAGGAUGUAGGAAAGAAAAUGGAAGCAGAGAAGAGAGAUGAUGAUGCACAGGAAGAGAAAUGA